AUGAAAUUAAAUCUUUAUGUACUGACUCCUAAGCGAAUUAUUUGGGAUUGUGAAGUGAAAGAAAUCAUUUUAUCCACUAAUAGUGGCCAAAUUGGCGUAUUACCAAACCACGCCCCCAUUAACACAGCAGUAGAUAUGGGUCCUUUGAGAAUACGCCUCCUCAACGACCAAUGGUUAACAGCGAUUCUGUGGAGCGGUUUUGCGAGAAUAGUUAAUAAUGAGAUCAUCAUUUUAGGAAAUGAUGCGGAACUGGGUAGUGAUAUUGAUCCGGAAGAAGCUCAAAAGGCACUUGAAAUAGCCGAAGCUAACUUGAGUAAAGCUGAGGGUACGAAAGAUUUGGUUGAAGCGAAGCUCGCUCUCAGACGAGCUAGGAUACGAAUCGAGGCUGUCAAUUGGAUUCCCCCAUCCAAUUGA